CACAUACGUGUCUGUGUCUGUCGUAGUUGAAAUAAAAAUAAAAAACAUAUACAGCUGAACUAAUCUAAUUUUUAAACAGUUGUGUUUCAGAAUCCGAUUUUUAUUGUUGCUCGAAAAUGGAGACAUCAGACAGUGAGUACUUUGAAAGUGCGGACGAAGAAUUGUAUUCAGAUUCGGACGAUGAAUAUGUGGGGAAAGGUCCAAAAAAAUGCAUCAAUAUCAUCGAAAGAAAAUUAUCAAAUGCAAAUAUUUCCGAAGACAGUAUUGUUAAAGACAGGGUUUGUGAUAAUUUCGAAAUCAAUUCGGACGUGGAUGAUCUGAAAACGGAAAUAGAUCCAAAAUCUGAUGACAAUACAUUAGUAAAUAAAGAAAAAAAUGAUGAAGUUAGCAAUAUAAAAAGUGAUACAAUAAAGAAGGAAAAGAACGAUAACAUUCAAGUAAAAGAACAUGAGAAGUUCGAAAAAACCAACACUGAAAGUUUAUCACAAUCAAAUCAGGAAAAAGUUGUAGAAUCUAAUUCCAAAGAUUUAAAAGAUGGACCCAUUCCAACAGCAUUAGAUCUAGAAGAAAAUAUGUGGGAUAAUGAAGACAUCGAUGAUUUAAUUUCAAAUAACGACGAAACAAAUAGAAACACUAAAUAUGAUAAUGAGAAACAAGACCUAAAAACCGAUGAAAUCAAAAACAUAAAUGAAGUUAAUUCUAACACAUUAAUCAACAAAGAACCUGAAAAUGAACAAGGCGACAGUAAUUUAAUAGCUCCACAAGAUGAUCCAGCAUCGAAUUCAAAUGAAGAAAACAUGUGGGAAGAUAAUGAAGACUGGAAUUCAUUCUCUACCACUAAGAAAGAACCAGACACUAUUAAGCAGCCAGUUAUUGAUACAAGUGAUACAGCUAAAAAUAUUGGUACUAAAAAUCCCAAAGAUGUCAAUACGUGGGAUGGUUGGGACAACGAUGAUUGGGAAACAUUAGAAAAAACCGAAACUAGUCAAAAGGACGAAACUAAACCGGAAACCUCUUGGUCAGGCUGGGGCAAUUGGGGAGUUUCCUCCAUACUUACCACAGCCACUCAAGGUGUCUCGACCCUAACCAAUCAAGUAUCGCAGGGCUUCACCACCGUUUUAGAAACAGGUAUAGGCAUUCCGGAUCCGAAGGAACUCGCCAAGCAAGACAGAAUCAUAGAAGAACAUAUAAACGAAUCGGAAGGCAACAGAGGGAAUUUAGGUUUUGGAUUCUCCAACUUUGUUUCCGGUGUAUCGCAUUUAACGAAAUUCGUCGAAAACACCGGCACCAAAGUCAUAACCGGCGGUUUAGACACCUUAGAAACCAUCGGAAAGAAAACUAUGGAAGUGUUGCAAGAGGGCGAUCCUGGGUUAAAAAAUAAACGAGCUCUUUUAAAAUUAGAUAAAGAAAAACCCACGCUUUCGCAGAUGUUGAGAGAAGCUAAGGAAAGAUCUGAAACAGAUAACCAGAUAUUAAAGGAAGAAAAUUACAAGAAAAAGAUAAACUACGAGACUCUCUUCGACGACUAUCACGGAUUAGUGCAUUUAGAGGCUCUCGAGAUGCUAUCAAAACAAUGCGAUAUUAAAUUACAGACCUUGAGCGACAAUUGCACGGGAAAAGAAUACCAAGACCUUCAAGAAACAAUGGACCAAAUCAAAGAGCUGUGCGAGCUUCCUGACGAGGAGGACGAGGAAGUAUUACUAUUUAGUGAUAUCAAAGAAAAGAUUCAAACGGCCGUCAAUGACAUCAAAGUAAAGAUAACUUACGAUAAACUGUUCUCAACGUGCGAAGAGAGCGAAAAUUGGCUGAAUACCCUCAAACUAGAUUUCUGCGAUGAAACGGACAUUCAUCGUGAGGCCUUGCAGGUUCUAGCACAAAUUACGGCCAUUGCGGUGGAGCAGUUCCACAAAUGCGGCGAAUUGUUGCUUAUUAAGGAACAAAGAAGUACAGCUGAUGAAGCUGAUAGCUUAGUCCAGUUGACAAUGGCAGUGACGUCUCUAAUAAGUUUAGUAGCUGCAAAUUUUUCCAAAAAGUUAAAUGCCAUAUUAACUCAAACUGAGAAUAAGGAUUCGAUAAGUGAAUUGAUUACUAAUGUUUUCUUCGAGGCUUCGAAUAGCAGUUCAUACGUUCAAGACGCUUUCCAGCUAUUGAUACCUGUCUUGCAGGUUGGAGCCAUUUAAUAACAUCACUAUUUCUUUAUGUUUAUAGGAAUCUUCAAAAAUAUUUAAUUCGUUAUAUUUUGUAUAGUUUAUUUAUGUUUUUAAUAUAGAUUUAUUAAGA